AUGUCUGGAAGGCUGUGGUGGAAGGCCAUUUUUGCUGGCUAUAAGCGGGGUCUCCGAAAACAAAGAGAGCACACAGCUCUUCUUAAAAUUGAAGGUGUUUAUGCCCGAGACGAAAUUGAAUUCUAUUUGGGCAAGAGAUGUGCUUAUGUAUACAAAGCAAAGAACACAGUGACUCCUGGUGGCAAACCAAACAAAACCAGAGUAAUCUGGGGAAAGGUAACUUGGGCCCACAGAAACAGUGGCAUGGUUCGUGCCAAAUUCCGAAGCAACCUUCCUGCUGAGGCCAUUGGACACAGAAUCCAUGGGAUGCUGUACCCCUCAAGGAUUUAAACCAAUGAAAAGUAAAUAAAUAAAAGUGGAUUUGUGCUCUUGUAUUUUUGUUAAGUGGCAUAAAAAAACUUAAUUGCUCUAA